AUGCAAUUUAUGAAGUUAAAUUCAAAGGAGAAGAUGUGGGCAGAGAAGGUGUCAAACCCCCAACACUUAAACCUCUUGCCACGUUUUCUGAUGGGUGUUUCAUUCAGACUGCAUGAUUCUUCAGCCACUCCAACUUAUUUAUUCCUACCGGAGAAUCAGGUUAAAGGUUUAGAUGCCUCCUCCGCUAAGUCACCGUGUGGACAUAUAUUUGACGUGGGGACUAGGUUGUUGCAUCGUUCAACCAUUCCUCAGUCCAAAUCAUUUAAGCCAAAUGGACUUGUGUUUUCUGCCUAUGAAAAGAUUUACUAUAUUUCAUCUCUAUCGUACUUGCAUCCAUUUCCGAAAAUAAGCUUUGAGAAGUAUGAUCCUGAUGAGAAGACUUGGGUGUCAAUGCCUCCUUUUCCAUUUUUCAAUGGCUAUCAUAUGAACAUAGAGGGUUAUGCUGUUUGUUAUGGGGUAAUUUUGUUUUCAUUGGGUCAGAUGUCCAUGGAUUUUGAUAAUGUUGCUUUUCACGAGAUUAGAAAGGGAAGGAAUGGAAUAAACUGA